AUGUUAUAUAAACAUCGAACAAUAAUUGGCGUUAUAAUCUUACUUUUUAUUCAAUCUUCAAAAGGAAAUAGACGAAAAGAUAUAAUGGGCUCAUUAUUACGACGACAUGAACGUGGUCUAACUGACGAACAGCCUGUCAACAAUGCGCAUACGCUAAAUCCACAAGUUGAUUUAAAGUUGAAAAAUUUAAAAUUAAAUGGUAAACAAUUAAAUGCGUUCGAUACAGAAAAAAUGAUAUUUUUGGUGACAAGAGCUGCGGCACAUAACAUUAAAUUUAAACAACUGAUACCACGUGUAUCACCUGAAGAAUUAUCACAUAUGAAAAGGGAACCAAACAACGAAAUAAUUAAAAUUGAUAAACAAGCAUGGAUUGAUAAAUUCAGACAAAAUGCGGAUUUGGUCAAAAAAUUUGAUGAUGCAUUAAAAACAUUACCAUUACAAAAAGAAAUUAAUAGAGAAUUUGGUUAUAGCCCGUAA